UAAGUGCAUAUUCUUCAGAGGAUAUGCAACGUCUUUGCAUAUGCUCUCGUGAGUUUGUGUUGCGAUUUGUGUGUUAGCCAUGGUUACAGAGCUUUCGCCCUCGGACCUUGUACUACUUUAGUUAAUUCGUAUGUCACAAGUGAAGGACAGUGACAUCAACAACUUACCAAAAUACGCUUUGUUACUCUUUACCAGAGACAACUGGAACCAUGGACAAUUUAAGAAAGGCGCCGUACCUGAUCAUGAUCGUCUCACUUCUUUUCUUUCCAAGCAAUAUCUUCUCGACACCCUUGUGCAGCUCCGACAACGAGGUUCAGCCCAGUGAAUGCCCUCAUGGCACCGUGACGAACCGCUGUGGCAACACUGUUUGCGCCAAGGGCCUCAGAGAACCAUGCAUGGUGUACAGGUGGGAGCGGGACUUGUGUGGCGGCGGAACAUUCUGUGGAUGUGGAUUUUGCAUGGGAUGCAACAACAAUUUACAGUGCUGGGACUGUGAAUCCUCAGCAGCAGGACGAUAACCACCCGCCUCAACUCACCAUGACACCGAUCCUGACGGAAUUAAACGAACACAUUUUUCUACGAAUCAACAGACCAUCACAGAUUAACAGUCGAGAUUCCCUUCCUUGCAAAGCGAGGGGAAAUACUGCCGCAUAGCUACAUUAAAUUGACAGAUUUGUUAUCAACUGUAUAAGUCUCAUAACUAUAGGUACAUUUUCGAAAGGCAUGUAACGACCUUCAAAGAUGUAUUGUGAUUCAUUUAUUGAAAACCAUGUCAUUCAGCAUUUAGUGCCUAAUGUUGUUUAGUACCUGUGUGUGUGUGUGUGUGUGUGUGUGUGUGUGUGUGUGUGUGUGUGUGUGUGUGUGUGUGUGUGUGCGGGGACGAAAAAUUAAACCGCACAGAACACACACCCUGUGUGUGUGUUUUGUCAGUUUCAUGAUGUUCUUCACAUUACUUGUUUGUUGAGAUGAAUAAAGAAAACUUAAUGUCA